AUGAAGUAUGAAGUUACCCCUAUGGGACUAGAUCAACGUUCUUACAACUCAGCAGCUGCAGAUAUAGUGGACAUAAGAGUGGACGAUGCGUUAGGGCCUGACGUGCAUGCGACACUUUUGAAAAAUUUGCAUUCAAAUGUUCGUGCCCGGGACGCUAUGGCACCUCUUCCAAAACCGAAGAAUGCGGCUGAUGCAACUUCAAAGAGAAAGCAUCAAAUCACUUAUCUAGCGAAUCUGGCUGUUGCCCGAGAGGAAGCGCUCCAGCAACAAUGGGCUGAGAGCAAACAGAUGAGAAGGAUAGGACGACAGAAGUAUGGCUUCUAA